CAUGGAGCUUGACGUCUGAGGAAGCUUGAAGUUUGAGGAAGCUUGAGGAAAUCAUAUACUGGAAACUGUCUGGACUACAGAUGAAUAGAUUCAACAUUUUUUAUUUUUCUCUUUUCUUCUUUUUUAACCUAUUUUUGGCGCAAGAGUCAUAUUUUAGAUACUGCCAUACACCGCUUACACUCACUUAAAAGGCGAUUUUUAGACUUAAUGUGGCUAAUUGCUAUCUUAAAUUAGUUGUCUAUUGUACUAGAAGUGCAUCUGUUAUUUUUCCACCCCUACAGUUGUGUACAAUGAGAACUUGCAACACAUCACCUCUCCUAAUGUUGAUUUACUUCACUCUACGAGUUCUGGAGGCACAGCAAGUCAAUGUCAAGCCUGAAGCGACUGGAUACCUCGGGCAUGACAUCACCUUGCCAUGCCAGUUCAUCCAAGGACCAGAAAAUGCCAACAUUACUCAGGUUCAGUGGGAUCUCCUGGAACCAGAAGGAAAGAGAGUCACCAUUAUUGUUUCUAAUAGCCAGUUUGGAGUGAAUAUUUAUGAUUCUCCUCUGAAGGGGAGAGUGGAGAUUAAAGAACAAUCGUUGAUAAUUAAAGAUGUGGAAAUGGCAGAUGCAGGGUCGUACAUGUGCACCUUUACAACCUUCCCCAGUGGUUCAUUUGAAGGAACAACCAAACUUGUUGUUAAAGAAAAGACUGUACAGAUGCACACAUUACCAAGGCUGAUUGCUGCAGGAGUAUUCGUGCUGAUAGUAGUGACUAUGGCAGUCACAACUUACAUCAUUAUCAUCAGAAUGAGACGUGGUUCUUCUGUCAGGCACUGCAUCACCUCUGAUACAGGUGGUCCAGUGAUGUGUAAUUGAAAGAGAUGAGUUCAAAGCUUCCAGAGAUACUACAUCGUCUUCCAGUGACAAACACAGACCAUCCAUGAUGAAGAUGAAGAUGUCCCAUACUCCAGGUGGAUGGUUAGUCAUUGGAAAUAUAAAAGAAAGAGAGAGAUGUACAAUCAAUAAGUAAUCAUUUUUUUUCUUCUACUAGGGCAUAAAAAAACUCUCAUAAAGCUACUUAAAGUUGUAUUUACCAGCAUGUUGGUGUCUUAUGUAAAAUUCAAAUGUCAUCACAUCCUGACAGUUGUCAAUAAAUCAUCUUAGUCUGGAGUUAAUUUGUAUUUUUCUUACUGUCAACAAAUUGUAUGAAAAGACCAGAACCAGCAAAGCAUUAAUCAAACCCUCAAUACUGACCUCUUCCCUGCUCUGCCUGAGGCUCUCAGCUGAAGAUGUGAAGCUAUGAAAAUGAGCAACACUUCAUUUCAGCAGGGGGUCUGUACUUUUUAGCUAAUGUUACACAAACAGGGAUAAAUUGUUCAUUUGUUGAAGUAUUUCCAGCUGCAGAUUAAUAAACAUUUGGUGCUCUAGUGAGUUUACAGCAACAUUUCUGUGUGUAUGGGAUUGACUCAAAAUAAACAGUGCCAGUGUUCAUUACAGUGAAGGGACGUGUCACCCAGUCCAGCACUGGCUCAUUAAUGUGUUUUUAAUAGUUUUUGGACAACAGUGGAUCAAUGUUAGUUUUGGAAUUUUUGCAGUAUUUGUUGACAGUAAGAUAAAUAUCAAAUAUAAUCACCCACACUGUAGCCCCUUAGGAUAAAGCACAUGCAAGGGGAAAAGCAACACUGAGGGGCUGUGUGGGACUGAACAGCAAAAUUUAACAUAAACUGCACUGCCAAUGUUAAUGUUCCUUUUCUAUCUAUUCAUUUUUAUUGAAAUGUAAUGAUAUAUUAGUACAUAUAAGAACCACAAAGUGUAAAUAGGCAGCAACAAUAAAACAUCUAUCCAUUCUGAAUUAAGCUUUAUCUUGAGACAUACUGGCAGCAACAAAUAAUAUAUUUCAACUCUGAGACCACAUUUUAGCAUCUAAAAGAACUAUAACUGUGUUGUUAUAACACACAGUUCAAAAUGCUACAGACAACAGAGCCAGUGGCACGUAGCCAUAGGUCUUACUGAAAUAAGACAGUGGAUGCUGACCAGUUGGUUAUCUCUGGAGCUAGGCUGCAAGCUGCUGAGAUGGCAACUGGUCACAACUGCAUGGCGGGUUCUCACAGCUCUGAAAUGUAUGUUUGAAAUGUUGAUGAUUACUUUCUUGGCUGGAAAAAUAUCAAUAUUUAGUAAAGGGUUAGGUUAGGUACUGGUGGGCAGGCAAAAGUAUUUGUAGCGUUGCUAUUUAUCCAAAUGGACACUCUCCCCUACCAUCCCCGAGUAUUUCCAGUGUAGCAAAUCUUAUUGCAUGUGUUUUUCCUAUUUGUAUGUUUUUUCAUCUCUGGAUUUGGAGCGUGUGUCUUUUAGUGUUUGUACGUUCUUUCUUAUAUGUGUUUUAUCAUCAGAAACCAUCCUACUUAUCCUUUAAAUAAAACCCAAAACUUGUG